AUGCAGUCCUUCCGUGAGCGCGCUGGUGGUUACCAUAGCAACCAACCCUGCUACCAGCAGGAGCCCCACGAAUUAUCACGCCUGGAAACGUACCGACAACACCCGCUCCAUGCCCAUCCUCAGCUACCCCACCCAGGACCUGGUCCACAUCCAGGACCGGGCCCCGGACUUUCAAGGUCAACCUACGAGUCCCGAUCUCUAGUAAACGCUUCAAGUGUGUCUUCAACUGGAGGUGCAGGAACGGGAGUUGUACCCAAGGACUGUUACGGCCAACCACCCUACUCGGGUUACCCCGUCAAUGGUGGCGCCAACGGAAACGGCGGAUCGGCCCCUUCGCAGACAAAGAAGAAAAUCCCUAAAUUCCCUCCGCCAAGUUCUAGUCAACACCUACAGGGUCAUGGAGGUUACACUAACCAUAUGGGCCCAGGGACGUACUCAACUCAGUACAUGAGUGGGGGUCACCUCCAGCAGAAAUGGGAAGAUCCGGCUCAGUUGACGACAUACGAGCAUGAGAUGGUUGGGCGUAUGGAGGCAGUGGGUCCUACUACACCUAACUCCUCACAGUACAUGGACCAGAACAUGCGGAGCCACUCCCAGGGCCAAUGCCACCAGCCCCCUACCCCUACUUACCCCAGCCCCCAUCACCAGUCACAGCCAACGAACCCCUCUCCUUUAAUGUAUCCACAAAGUCACCUGCACUAUCCCCAACCUUCCCCGUCUCCUUCACCUUACAUAGAAAAGUGUAGCCCCAUGCCUCCAUGUUAUAAAGGUUACAGCAUGACACCGACAUCUCAAUAUGGCAGACAAAUGAGCAGCCAUAGCACUCUGAAGCAAGGAGGGUACAGGCCAUCCCAGAAUAGCUAUACCUACCAACACUCAAGAGGUUAUGAGCCACAACCGCCUCUGCAACCCAAUGCCCAGGAACCCCACCCAAAAUAUCAACACUUCAGCCAACCACAGCCGAGCUACUGUCUCUCAGAACUGUCUGUAAGGUCACCUGAUCAGUAUUAUCAGACUUGUAGUCCCUCCUCAAGCCACUCUCCCGCUCGCUCUGUUGGACGCUCCCCUUCAUACAGCUCCACCCCAUCACCGUUAAUGACCAAUCCGGAGUCAUUCCAGUAUGGACAACCGCCUAUUACCCCAGGGGCAGCCUCGUUGUCUUCAUCCUCCUCAACGGGCCACCAAGAGCAAGGCAGUAUGCUGUUACCCCCGCGUUCACACCCUUCACCCGGUGUGCCCCAUGCCACAGCCCACAGCUUCACAAACACUCUGCAAGGACCUACGAUGAAGGAGCGUUUUUCAGAGAAGCUGCUGUCUAACCCCAGCUUGUGGAGCCUAAAUGCCCUCACCUCUCAGGUCGAGAACAUAUCCAACAACGUUCAACAGCUGCUGCUUUCAGAGACUCUGGUGGCCAACAAGAAAACCACCAAACGAAACAGUGGCGGAAGCAACAGCAGUUCUGGAAGUGCGGUAUCCUCCAAAAAGGGUGAGGAGUACAAAAGUCCAUAUCCAGAAAGCUCCAGUAGUCUAAGCGGAGGCCCAAUGCAGGACCUUUACUCCAACGUCCAGCAUCAAAGGAUGCCUUUGGAACUACACGAAGGGGGUUACUCCAGCAGUAGUGAUGAACAACUGGAGAGGGGCUACUACUACAGAAACCAGGGCAGGAGCCCAGCACGGCCUCACAGCAACACACAUAUUAACGUAGACACAGUUUCGUCCUGUUCCAUGACAUCUCCAGAUGAUGUGUCCACAAGAUCCGGAGACUCAGGAUUGCACAACUUUACCCCUGACCCAAUCAGGUGUCAGUCAGUGCAAGGAGGAGAUACCACCCCAGUGAAGAGCAUCAGUGAGGGGAGGUCUCCGAUCAGCAUUACAAUUCCGAGUCCUAUUAAACCUGACACCGACUCUUCUUCCGACAUACAGCAGAUCAAUGAGCUUGUUAAAGAGAACUUUGAAGAAUCCGCUUGGACGGACAAAUCAGCUGCUAAAGUAGCAGGUACUAGCCCCAAAACACCUGAAAAUGACAGAGAUGUAACUAAACCCACCGAGAAAGAGGAUAAAUGGUUGGGUGACGACAAAUGCUCUUUUCUUUUCAGCCAAGUAAACAAAGAAGAAGCAGAAAAAGACUUUUGCUAUGCGGAGACUACAUACAAAGGUGUCCAGAGAAAAUAUGACACAAACUCACUUGAACAGUCCCCAGUUGCUUGCUCUAACUCGAGCCACAAUUUCGGGCAAGAAAUAAAAGAAGCAUACAAAUCAGAGUCAUCAACUGCUUCGGAGAGCUCGCUGAAAGUAUUGCCUUUCAAUCCCAUGAGUGACCUCGAACAGGAUCAAUAUUCCACAGAAAAGGAGGACAGCUCAGACAACACCUCUCCCACCCCUCAAAUUGAAGCCAUCGAGGAGUCUCAUUCAAACAUUCAACAUUCAAAACAGAUAGAAUGCAAAGGAUUGAGUGAGGAAGCGGAAAAUGAGGAGGAAAAGGAUGAACAACAAACAGAUGAACUAAAGAUAACUGCUCUUGCCCCUUCCCUGUCUGAUGAGGUGAAAAAAGACCUAGGGAAGGUGGAGAACAUUAGCCAGUCAUUGACUUCUGAGUUCAUGAAUAAUAGACUCGGAUCCGAGAAACCUCCUACAGACCCUUGCAACAGGACAAAGAAUCAAAGGACUGAGCUCCAAAAUGACAAUAAACUUGCAGGAGUCCCCGUACAUCCAAAUGUGGCAGCAGCCCCAGACGCUUCUUCGAGAGAAUCAGCUAUUGGUGACACUGCUCCGCAGCCACAAUCUGCUAUGCCGGUGUUCUCAGCUCUCAAUGAUAAAACAACACCAAACCCAGCUCAGUCAAGGGAUCACAUUGAUCACAGCGACGCUAAAGUGCUAGAGCCAGAUUCUCCUCAGUUGCCUGGGAAGUCAAUACUUCCCUCAGCCCCCUCCUGGGCAGACACACCACCCUCCCCAAAGAAAGGCGAUGAGGACAUGGAGCCUGGCCUCAGCUGCUCCAGUGCCGUGACCCCAUUGGCCAAGCCGGAGCCUGUGGCCCCAUCUGCUCAACCCAGGGCAUUUGGACGUAAGCAUGCAAGAGGGAGAAGGAAAAUUAUGCUUUCAGGUGUUACCAUCAGGCGACAGCCAAGUUUGGAAAGGGAUGAAGAGAAGGAUGAAAAAGAGGACCCCCUGGCUUUAGAGAAAGCCUGCAGGCCUGCAAGCAAAGCUAUACUGUUCUCCGAUCAAACUGACCUGGCCCAACAGGAAUCUAUAGUGAGCCAGACAACCAAAAUGUUAACUGAAGGCCUCACUUCAAGAAUGUGCACACGCUCAUUCAAUUCAUCAGACCCGCCAUCCAAAGGCCAGACUCAUUUGAAGAGGAAACCAGGGCCAAAACCUGGAGCCACAUCAGGACUAAAAAAUGCAUCAAAACCAGGGCCAAAACUCGGAGGCAAGCCAGGCCCCAAACCUGCCCUUAGGCCUGGACCAAAACCUGAACUUAAAUCAGGACUAAAGGCUGUGCCAAAUUCACCAGAUCCAGCAGAGAAAACAGAGGCUUUGGGCAAACGAAAACCAGGGCCCAAACCGGGGAUAAAACCUGUAUCAAAACCUGGGCUUAAAGCUGUUUCAAAGCCAGGUCCAAAAUCAGGACCUAAGCCUGAACUCAAAUCUGCAGAACUUCCCACACCCACUGAAACUAUACCCAUCAAGGCAACUGUUGGCCGUCCCAAAGGCUCGGUUUCCAAGGUGAAGCAGAAACUACAGGAAGAAAACAUUACACAUGUGUCAGGGCCACAGGGCAGGGCCAAGAAAAAUAUGGAUACUACACUUACACAAAUAAACCAGGAUACAAAAGUAAUAAACCAUGAUGAAAAGUCACAAAAUGUCAUAAAAGCACAAGAGAAUGAAAAUAAAAAUAUGACCUUGAGGUCAAGAAAGCCCUCACAGACAAAAGUGUCAAAAGAAAACGAGAAAAACGUCCAUAAAGACUCUUCAAAACCAGCACUGACAGAAACUAGCACAAAUGAUUGUUCUAAAAAAGCAGAAUGUGUAACUACAGAAAAGUUUUGUACUCCAAGUCCCCAACUCGUGAAAAACAUAGAUAAUCCAACAGAACCUCUUUCACUGCCCCCACCGGAAAAUACUGAAGAAAAAAUAACGCUAGCACUAAAAUGUCAGUCAUCCACAGAAGCCUCUACAGUACCUGGAAAGAAGAAGAGAGGUCCAAAGCCGAAAACAAAACCCCUGCAGCCACAAGCUGCAAAGCCGGAACCCGUUGUCUCCACACCUAAAGAAGGUGAUAUUCCACGGACCAGAAGAAAGAGAGGGUCACCCAGAAAAGAUUCUGAAGUCCCCUACCCACCCAAACAUCUUCCCUGUAAUGUUGUUGAAAAUGAUCAAGGUGAAGUGCCAGUUAUGGCUGCUCAGUGCCCCACCCGAACAAAAGUUCUUCCCCCUCGUAAGGGCAGGGGACAGAAAUAUGAGGCCAUGGUACAGAAAAUCACAUCGCCUGGCUCAAAAAAAUACCUCCAAACGUCUCAUGCAGAAAAUCUCGAUGACACAACAACUAAGGAUGUCGUCAAAGAUGGAGAGACAGCUAUUCCUGUAAAUGGCACUGAAAUGAUGGAAAGUGAAGUGAAAAGCGGACAGGAGGGUAUGAAACACAUAGAAGGGGGCAUAAAAAAGGAGGUCAAACGAGAGAGUGACAAGCAGGAUAUAAAUCAGGAAGCACCAUUGUCAGAGGAGUUGAGACCAACAGUGAUAGAAGAACAUGGAAAUAAUCAAGAGGCAAGUAAAGAACAUAAACCUUUGGCAGUACACAAUGUCCAGAGAACCAUGGAGGCUCAGGUAGACCUCGGUCCUCGAGAAGAAUGGACCCAACAGGUAAAAGCGCUCAUAUCUGCAGAUGUAUCUACGAACAGGUCUUCGAAACGAAAGCGAUGGGCCAUGGUGGAGAGUGCAGAUCCGUCUGCUGCAGCUUUAGAAGCAGGGAACCUAAUAGUAACAACCCCAAGAGCUGCAAAGCAGAGGGCUAUUAAAAAUAACCACGAGAUGCACUUAAAGCAGAAGAGGAAACGAAAAGGUCAGGUUGCAACAGAAGAACCCGAAGCAGCAAAGGAGAUAAAAGUUGAAGUUACAGAGCAACAAGACGGUAUAGCAGAGGAUAUGAUAACCCCUUUAGAGGCGCCUACACUUCCAAUCAGUGCUGAUGAUAUCAAAGAAUGCCCUGAGGUCAACAACACAGAAGUCGUCCAAAAAUCGAAAAGAGGAAGAAAACCAUCAGCAAAUCCAGCUAAGCGGAAACGGGGGAAAGCCUUAUCCGAAGAGAUUUCUGACAAGCCUGUAAAGGUCUACAAAAAGCCAGGGCCAAAACCUGGAAUGAAAGACGCCUUGGAGGUCAUUGAGGCGGUUGUGAGGGCUGCUGGGUGUGAAGCUGAAAAAGUGGAGAGGAAACUACAAGAGACAGAAAUAGACACGAGUGAAAAGGAAGAAAAGGACUUCACGGUGGGCCCUGUGGUGACGACAUCAGAAGAAAAGACCGAGACCAUUUCUGUAAAGAGAAUCAGAACCAAACCAAUCCAACGUCACCCUUUGUCUUUCUGUCCGCACGUGCGAAUGAACAACUCCAGAGACUUUUCAUCUUGGUGUGCUAUUAUCAACAAGCCCGAGGAUACGCAUGUAUUUCAAAGACGGAGAAAAAAGGGAAUUCUCCGAAUGAGGAAUCCUUUCACGGUUGCAAAGGUAGUGCCGCACACUGCAGCCAUGCUACGAGGACCCGCUGUCAAUACUGAUCUGAAAGGCAGGCAGGUUACGUGUUGCCUGUGCGGAAAGCCCUCAAACUAUAGAGAUCUGGGCGAUCUCUGUGGACCUUACUACGCAGAAGAUCAACUUCCACGGAAACUAUUGACCACUGAGCCGACACUCUUCCCUGGGGAUGUGAUAGAGCACAACAACCAGGGCAAAGCUAGCGAGGAUCCGUGCACAUCAUCAAAGGUUGAAGAAAAGGGAGACAGUCGGAAAGAAUUGCCACAAAAUGACAGGCGAACCAGGCAUCAUCACUGGCCUUACAGACGAGCAGAAAAAAGAGAAAGAACAGGUCGUAAGGACGUUCCUCGAAGAAUUACUCUCCGAGAGAGGUUAAAGAGGAUGAAGCAGCUCCAGUCUUCCGAUAACCAAGAGGGCUUGAUCCAAAAGCUGCAAGAAGAAGCAGAAGCCAGUGAGCACUGGGCUCAUGAAAACUGUGCCAUCUGGACUAAGGGGGUGAUCAUGGUGGCCGGGCGGUUAUACGGACUGAAGGAAGCCGCCGACAACUCGGCCAAAACGAGCUGCCACAAGUGCCAGAUUGCAGGGGCGUCCCUCAGUUGCUGUUGGAGAAGCUGCUCUCAUAAAUACCACUACGUCUGCGCCAAAGAGAUAGGCUGCACAUUCCACGAAGACGACUUCUCCAUCAAAUGUCCCAAACAUGAGACUGACAGUGAUGAAACGCUGGCUGCUGAUCAAAACACCCCACCCACCAUCACUGCCUGCGACGCGCCUCGCAUGCUACACAACAACACGCACACACUCCCUUCCUCGCCUCUCGUCUUGUUUCUCCUUCUCGCUCCCCCCCCGCCGCUUCAGUUCCCUCGUCCCGUUCACCUCUCAUCCCCGACGGGCUCCUGCCUAUUUUUUCAGUCAUGCCGCCUUCAUCCGUCCCUCCCCUUUAUCUCCUCACUUCUCCCCCCCGUCUGCCUUCACCUCCACUCCCACGUCGGAGCCGCGGAAGGAGAGAAAAGGGAGGACAAGAAAGCGAGAGAGAGGCGGUAG